GCUGACUUCAUAACGGUGUUUCUUCCGGGAUCACCGUCAUCACUCCGCUACGGAGGUGUCCUUACUGGCAGCUAAUUGUUAAUCUGUAUUUAAACGGACCUAAUUUUAUACAAUUCACGACUGGAGUAGUAUUGCACAUCUGAAAUAUGAAGGGAAUGAAACCGCACCUCAUUCUGUUGCUGCUCUUCGCGUCUUUGCUUUGUGCAGAGACGGCCAGAAGCCGGAAAGAUUCCACCAACCAGAAUAGUUUCAGAAGGGCGGCUAACGGAUUCUACCAAAUGUUAAGCAAUAUUUUUGGAGAGGACAACAUCAGAGGUCUUUACAAGUUCUUCUCCAAGACGACGGAACGCUUUGUCCAUGGUGUCGACUCUUUCCUGGACACUGUUUGGAAGAUGUGGACAGAUCUGUUGGAUGUGAUGGGCAUUGAUGCCUCCAACCUGAGCCACUACUUCAGCCCAACGUCUUUGACAAACUCCCCGGCUCGUGCCCUGCUCCUAGUGGCUGCUGUGUUGGUGGCUUACUGGUUCCUCUCCCUGUUUCUGGGGGGAUUCUUCUACCUGCUGCACAUCGUAUUUGGCCGCUUCUUCUGGCUGGCCCGAGUUACACUCUUUGCCCUCUCUUGCCUGUAUAUCUUGCAGAAGUUUGAGGGGGACCCAGAGCGUGCUGUGCUUCCUCUCUGCUUCGUAAUGGCCGUGUACUUCAUGACGGGGCCUGUGGGGGCGUACUGGCGUAGAGGUGGGGGUACUGCCUCUCUGGAGGAGAAGAUCAAUCACCUGGACACCCAGAUCCGCUUGCUCAACAUCCGGCUGAGCAGGGUCAUCGACAGCCUGGAGCGCGCCGGGGAGAAGUAGAGCUGACCCCACACCCCCACUGCUGACAACAGCUGUAUCCAUAGGGUGGCUGGAGGUUUGGGUGUAUAAGGGCAGGAAAAUCUUAAGCAGAUCGAGGCUUUCUGUUAUGAGAAAGAGCUUGUUUUUUUAGUGUGUUUUUUUUAUUUGUAUUUUUAUCCUGACUUGUUGAUAUUUUGUUAUAUUGUUUAACAACUGCUGAUGGUUGCUCUUUUUGGAAAUUGUGUUCAAUGAAAAAAUGGGAUGGAUGUUUGUUUUGGGUAUGUGAUGGUGUCAUAGCGGGACCAGACACAACUGUCAGUAUUUCAUCCCAGUUAGCUCAGUAGUUAGUAGACCAAUGGCAGUUUUUACUUAUUGCAUUUGUUCUGUCCUGACACUGAGAUGUAUAGUCAAAAAUAAUGUCACCAUUCCAUUUUAGCAGUAGGUCAUUCCUGGCGUAUUUCAGGACCUCUCUUUCUAUAUAAUGGACAUACUGUGUGUGUGUGUGUGUGUGUGUGUGUGUGCAAGCGUGUGCGUUUCAUGCAUGUGAAUCAUUUGAAAAGCACUGGGGGAAUAAAAGUUAAGACUGGCGAAACCUGGGCAGGCACGAAAAUCUCAGGGAGACAUUUGUCAAGAAUAUCAAGAACAAUUAUGUGAAUAUACCCCACAUCAAUAUCAACUUAACCCUUUACACUCAUGGGAAUUGACCUAUAUGGAUAGGGCUAAAUUGGUAGCAAUUGAAAGGGAACAGUUUGGAGAUUAGGGGAAAAUGAUUAAGACAAGUUGAGGACACAAUAGUUCACACGACUGAAUCCAAACAUUACACUGUCGAUAUUAUGUGCAUUUUACAUUGACUGUACUUUUCACCCCAUUUGUUGAUAACGAAAUCUGAAAAUACUCUGGAUACAUUCAGUAACACGAUGAGAAUAUUCCUGGAUUAAAAAUAAAUAAAGAAUCCUCUCACUAAUAGGUCUUUUGACCAGGGAAACAGAUCAUAUUUUUGGUGCACAUAGAAAAGAGUCAUGUGUGUGUUCUUCAGCGAUAUUUUUUUUCUUCACAAUAGACAAACGGGCUCAUUUUGUUUAAAACAACCCAGGGUAUGACGCCAUGUCAUCUUGUAACUAUACAUCAAACAAAGUGAUCAUAAACGGUGACACUGUAUAUAUUAGUUUAUUGAUAUGGAAAUGUGAAGUGCACAUUUGGACUCACAGGUGUUUGGCUUGUAUCACAUCAGUGAUAUUUAUUCUGAUCCUCAAUGUCUCAUCUUUGAAAAUACAUAGAGUCCUCUUAAUUUUCAGCAUUUCCCUCUGACAACAGAAAAAGCAGAAGUUGCCAAAUUAGUGGGAGGGAUGGUGACCACUUCUUGUCGCUUGAGGUGCUCAAGUUCAGAACAUCUGUCAGUCAAAACCCAUACAGAGCUGUGAAGCGCAGAGCCUGAGCUAUGAUGUCAUAUAUAACAUGUUACUGUACAGACACUGAGCUAUGAUGUCAUGUAUAGCAUGUUACUGUACAGUCACUGAGCUCUGAUGUCAUGUAUAGCAUGUUACAGUACAGACACUGAGCUAUGAUGUCAUGUAUAGCAUGUUACUGUACAGUCACUGAGCUAUGAUGUCAUGUAUAGCAUGUUACAGUACAGACACUGAGCUAUGAUGUCAUGUAUAGCAUGUUACUGUACAGUCACUGAGCUAUGAUGUCAUUUAUAGCAUGUUACUGUAUAGACACUGAGCUAUGAUGUCAUUUAUAGCAUGUUACUGUAGUCACUGAGCUAUGAUGUCAUCUGUAGCAUGUUACUGUACAGUCACUGAGCUAUGAUGUCAUGUAUAGCAUGUUACUGUACAGUCACUGAGCUAUGAUGUCAUGUAUAGCAUGUUACUGUACAGUCACUGAGCUAUGAUGUCAUGUAUAGCAUGUUACUCUACAGCCACUGUGUUCCAAUUUAGGCGUUUAUCAGUGCCCAAAUCUGUCAUUUUCAACCCGUAUUAUAGUUGUCAGUGUAAAGGCCUACUAUGUUACAGUGACACUGAUUUUGUUGCACAGCCGUGUUUGAAUCGUGGCCAGCCAUCUGCAGAAGGAUGGGAAGGUCUACCUUUAUACUCGGGCUCAUCAUCCACAUUGAGAUAAGGGUGUUAAUGGUAGAAAUACCAUAAUAAAGUAUAGUUAUAAUGGAAGCGUAUUAGUAGUUCCCAUAAAAACAUAAUUCUAUUUGCCGUGUGACAAGUCCUCCCUGUUUCAGUGGAUGGCACAUUAUGCAUGCCUAGACUAUAUCUGUAUUUGUUGUGAAUUUGGAUGCACUUUUUGGUCAUUCCUGCUUUGCAUAAUUGUACAUCGCAAAGUGUACAUUUUUAUAGGGCCAUAGUGUGUAAUUUCUUAAAAAGGGAAUUUUAUCAUUUAACUCUAAUCUACUUUUGUGCUACAUUUUGAAUGUGUUUUCAUUAGAAUAUAUAUAUAUAUAUAGUCCCAUAGAAGUCCAUUUUGUUGGGCGGGUGUUCAGUAAGUAAGUUUGGUUUAGUUGGUGCCAGUUCAAAUGUUGUCAUUGGCUACCAUACCAUCUCUCCAGCCCCGCCCCUCCAGAAGUGAACUUGUCUACACAAAUGUAGUUUUGAUUAUGUACUGUAUAGCGUAUGUGCUAUUCUAUAGCAAAAUGUUACAAUGUUGUAUUUGUUUAAGGCAGUAUUUUAACAUUGUAAACGUUGGAAAUAUUUAAGAAUUUAAUGAGUAUUAAAUGUGUAUUGAUUUGUAAAAUAGGUCAUCUUGGAUCAUUUUGUACUGAUUCAUGUACUAUAGAGACAACCAUGUAUUUUCCAGCCAACACACAUCAUGCUGUCAUCCAUAGGUUCAUCACAGCAGAGGGUAGCCUUGAGUAUUUGCGACAACUGUAAGAUGUAGUCUGCUGCUGAGUUGUCAUACAAAUCCUCAAUAAUAGAAUUCUCAGCAUUUGAUCUUUAUUUCAGGUUUGAGAAAGGACUAGGACCAAUAUUGAAUGAUGGUGUAUGAGGUCCCAACUCCUUAUACAUUCUCUGUCUCUUUCUCUCUCUGUCUCUCUCACUGUCUCUGUCUAUCUUUCUCUCUCUCUUUCGCUCUCUGCAUCUCUCUGCAUCUCUCUCUCUUUCCCUUUCGCUCUCUCUGUCUCUCUCUCUCUGUCUCUCUCUUUUGCUCUCUGUCUCUCUGUCUCUCUCUGUCUCACGCUGUCUGUCUCUCUCGUGCCUCUUUGGCCUUGACACUGCAGCAGAUUUAGUCAGAUCUUUACUAUCCAUCACCUUGAUGAUGUUGACACAGUAAAAUGGCAGCAGAAUGUCUAGACUUGAUGAACUUUAAAUCUCUCACUGAGUAGAGUAAUAACUAUAACGGUCAAUAAGACCCAUAUUCAUUCCAACUGAACAUCCGUUCUUUUCUGUCUAUGUAGUCCCCACAUGUGCUGUGCCAAAAUGAACGUUCUCCGUCUUUCUGUUUGAAGCACUUAGUCUUGUGAAACUUGAGUAUAUUUCCCUGUAGUUCUUUAGCAUUUCCUUAUGUGUUCAUAUCUUGUUUUUCUACCUCUGUUUUCCUUUGUGGGGAUGUUCUUCUACCCUACUGCCUGCUGUUGAACCGUGUCAUGUAUUGAAAAGUGUUGUGGAAAUGAGUCUUCGAGAGGAGUCAUUUUGAAGUGAAAUUGAGGUCCCAAGAUUUGAAUAAAUCAACUUUAUCACCA